CUCAUUAGCAUGUACGUACGUCACGUCUACUGAGGAGGCCGUCUUUAUAUACUGGAAACACCUCCUCUGCAGCACCACUUCUGCGGAAAAGCUGCAUUCAGGAGGAGCAGACACAUUCCAGCUCGCGUUUCUACCUGUUUAACUGAAGCCAAAAGAUGUCCACCAAGGAAAAGCUGAUCGGCCACGUGAUGAAGGAGGAGCCUGUUGGCAGCAGGAACAAGGUGACGGUGGUGGGAGUCGGUAUGGUGGGAAUGGCCUCUGCCAUCAGCAUACUGCUCAAGGACUUGUGUGAUGAGCUGGCCAUGGUUGAUGUGAUGGAGGACAAGCUGAAGGGUGAGAUCAUGGACCUGCAGCACGGAUCCCUCUUCCUCAAGACACACAAGAUUGUGGGAGCCAAAGACUACAGUGUGACGGCCAACUCCAAAGUGGUGGUGGUGACAGCCGGUGCCCGCCAGCAGGAGGGCGAGAGCCGUCUUAACCUGGUGCAGCGCAACGUCGACAUCUUCAAGUUCAUCAUCCCAAACAUUGUCAAGUACAGCCCCAACUGCAUCCUGAUGGUGGUUUCUAACCCAGUGGACAUCCUGACAUACGUGGCCUGGAAGCUGAGUGGUUUCCCCCGCCACCGUGUCAUAGGCUCUGGCACCAACCUGGACUCUGCCCGUUUCCGCCACCUUAUGGGAGAGAAGCUCAACCUCCACCCUUCCAGCUGCCACGCCUGGAUUAUCGGAGAGCAUGGAGACUCCAGUGUGCCUGUGUGGAGUGGUGUGAAUGUUGCUGGAGUUUCUCUGCAGGGCCUUAACCCACAGAUGGGCAAUGCGGGUGACAGUGAGGACUGGAAGUCUGUUCAUAAAAUGGUGGUUGAUGGGGCCUAUGAGGUUAUUAAACUGAAGGGCUACACUUCCUGGGCCAUUGGUAUGUCUGUGGCUGACCUGGUGGAAAGCAUCCUUAAGAACCUGCACAAAGUUCACCCUGUGUCCACACUGGUCCAGGGCAUGCAUGGAGUAAAGGAUGAAGUCUUCCUGAGCAUCCCUUGUGUCUUGGGCAACAGCGGCCUGACAGAUGUGAUUCACAUGACACUGAAGGCCGAAGAGGAGAAGCAGCUGGUGAACAGCGCCGAGACCCUGUGGGGCGUGCAGAAGGAGCUCAAACUGUGAAGAGCGUUGCUCUGAACUCUCCCAAUCCACUCUGAAACCACACUCGACACUGUGGUUCACUCCUUCCUACUGUACCUCUUGUGCCCCUCACUGCAACCGGCGAAAGAAACCUCUAAAUAUCUAUUUUUAAAAAAAAGGCUGUUUGCAGCUAUAACUAGUGGAAGCUAGAUUUUACCUUCACAUACUCACACGAGUGUCAUUUCCCUUUGCCGCCUCCCUCCAUGACUGAAAACUCAUAUUUUAGCCUUUGAGCCCUAUGUUGGUGCGUGGGUAUAUCUAUUUGUUGUCCUGUCCUCACAAGAAAAGUAAGGCCUUUGCAUAAAGAGUGUAUACAUUUUAUGUGCUGUUUGUUACUGUGCACUGUUGCUGCUGCUUCUGUAAACUUAUUGUCUGUAGUUUGUAUUUAUUAUGUGAUUGUUGCCAGUUGGUAAUCUCUGUUUUUAAUUUUUUUUAUUUGGAGUAUAAUGGAGGCAUUCCAUUUCCUAUGACUAUAGGUAGCAAUCCACCUACAGCCGUAACACUGCUGCAUAUAUAUAACUGGGAUUAACUCCUGUGAUACCAAAGUACCUUGAGAAACAUGAUGCUACAUUUACUGGUUGGCAUUAAAGCCUUUUGCAAACAAACCUAACCACAAGUGCAGGUUUUUCAAAAACUGGCACGAAAGGAACACAGGUUGAAUCUGAGAGAAUUAGAAAGGGAUUGUCAACAAAGUAACUUGCUAUAAUUUAACUCAGCAAAACGAUUACAGAGAACCAAGGGGAGAAGAGUCAGCAACAAUCAUAACAGAAGUUUAUUAUCUUGACGGUGUUUGUUUGCGUACAAUAAAUACCGUCAAAGGGUUUUGUAUUUAUUUUUACUCUAAUUGACUCUGGAAGAUAAAGUUUAAGAGGAAUGAUAUUUAUAACUGUUAAGAUCUAUUUAAGUAUUGUUACAACCUGUCUCACUGAGGAACUGUACCUGUCAUGGCAGCUGGAUAUUGAUCUUUAAUUUGCCUUAAAGUCUAAUAAAUCUGCCAGGAUGAUUAUACAAGUC